AUGACCUGCGAGAGCUGUGUGAAGCACGUCUCCACCUCGUUGUAUAAGUUGGACGGAAUCAACAAGGUUGACGCAAACCUCAAAGAGCAACUGGUCUUCAUCGAAGGCACCGCGCCACCGAGCUCCAUCGUAUCCGCAAUCCAGGAUACCGGCCGCGAUGCCAUUCUCCGCGGCAGUGGCACAUCAAACAGCUCCGCCGUCUGCAUCCUCGAAACACACUCCAACAGCGUCUCCAAUAAAGUCCGCGGCCUCGCCCGCAUGGUGCAAGUCUCCCCGAACAUGACGCUAGUCGACUUGACAAUCAACGGCCUGGCACCAGGCAAAUAUCACGCCACGAUUCGCGAAGCUGGCGAUAUUUCGCAGGGCGCGGCGUCGACGGGCGGUAUCUGGGAUGCCCUGAAGACCAAGGUUCUCGGCUCGGAUGAGGCACAGAAGGAACCGCGUGGAGUCUUUGGCUCUGUAGACGUCGACCGGAAGGGUCGGGAGGGACCGUUCAAGCGUGAGGAUGAGAAUACCUUGGUUGGUGUGAUUGCGCGCAGUGCGGGGGUUUGGGAUAAUGAUAAGAUGGUGUGCUCUUGCUCUGGUAAGAAUGUUUGGGAGGAGAGACAAGAGCAGGUUGGUCAGGGAAUGGCGUAG